AUGAAGUCAACUUCUUCCUUGUCUUUGGUUAUUCUUCUCUUAUCGUUCGCAUGGAGUCGAGAAAUAUAUUCAGGAAAUGAUAUUGAUUUCAAACGCUUGCAAGGAGGAGUCUGGUUUCUCACACUUGCUGUGGACGACUCGUCCUGGACCGUAUUAUGGAAAUGUCAUGUUGUUUCAUUCUUCAACGUAACAGAGAAUACGAUGAAGUUCUACACGUACAAUAUUCCCAAGAAUAAAUCACAGAAUUCUCAUUCUGUUAUAGAAGAUUUAUACCGCGACUACCAGGGUCAAAUUUGGAAUAAUCAUCAGUUUGCGAAAAUCUGGGAGCAGCUGGAUACAGAACUAUAUCAAGAACAACCAUCUGUUAGCAUGGAAAUAAGACCUCCCUCUAAGGACGAGUCAUUGUACUACUCUCAUCCACAUGCCUAUUCAACAGACUAUUCAACUUUCUUUAGUAUAUCAGCUCCAAUGGAGGAUGGUCGGAAGCUUUUAGAAAUUUUCACCAGGAGGCCGACAAUAAAUGAUGACAAUCUUUCAGAGCUCAAAGCUUUUGCAGUUGAGCAAGGAAUCGAUCCAAGCACGUUAGUGACAUUCGGAUGUGGUGACCUGAUUCCAUCGGAUUAUCUAUUAGCUUAACGCCAACCCGAGCAGUCUUGUUUGUAACAAUGUACCGAAAGACUUUCAAUUGCAAAUGUAAAUGUUAGUUAAGUGUUUAGUUUGCUCCAUGCAAAAUUACCCCAAUUGAAGAAUAUGAGCUAAAAUCAAUUUUGUUUUGAAA